AUGUCCACCUUCGGCCACUCCUUCCGAGUCACCACCUAUGGCGAAUCCCACUGCCGCUCCGUAGGGUGCAUAGUCGACGGCGUGCCACCCGGUCUCCCGCUCGACGAGAGCGAUAUCCAGCCACAGAUGACACGCCGUCGUCCAGGGCAGUCCGCACUCACGACACCACGCAAUGAAAAGGACCGCGUGGAGAUCCAGUCUGGUACGGAAUUCGGAAUCACGCUGGGCACGCCGAUCGCGAUGAUUGUACGCAAUGAGGAUCAACGGCCGAAGGACUAUGGAGGCGACACGAUGGAUAGCUACCCGCGACCGAGUCAUGCGGACUUCACAUACUUGGAGAAGUAUGGUGUGAAGGCGAGUAGUGGUGGAGGGAGGAGCAGUGCGAGGGAGACGAUUGGCCGCGUCGCCGCCGCCGGCAUCGCCGAGAAAUACCUCUCACUAUCCCACAACGUCCAGAUAAUCGCCUUCGUCUCCUCCGUCGGGCCCAUCCACCUCUUCCCACCCACAACCCAACACCCCUCCCCUUCCACCAACCCCGACUUUCUCAGCUUGAUCUCAGCCAUCACCCGCUCCGACGUCGACGCACACCUCCCCGUGCGCUGCCCCUCAGCAGAUGCCUCGGCUACCAUGGCCAAGCUCAUCGGGCAGUACCGCGACGCCGCCGACUCGAUCGGCGGGACCGUGACAUGCGUCAUCCGUAACUGUCCGAUCGGGCUGGGGGAGCCGUGUUUCGAUAAAUUGGAAGCGAGCCUGGCGCAUGCGAUGCUCAGUAUUCCUGCGACGAAGGGGUUCGAGAUAGGCAGCGGCUUCGCUGGAUGCGAAGUCCCCGGAUCGCAGCACAACGACCCGUUCGUGCGGUCCCCAACCACAGGAGAGCUGGUGACCAGCACCAACAACUCAGGCGGCGUGCAAGGCGGGAUUAGCAACGGCGCACCAAUCUACUUCCGUGUAGCAUUCAAGCCGCCCGCGACGAUCGGUCAAGCGCAGAAGACGGCUAAGUUCAGUGGCGACGAGGGGUCGCUGGAGGCAAAGGGAAGACAUGAUCCGUGUGUGGUGCCAAGAGCGGUGCCGAUCGUGGAGGCGAUGGCCGCGUUGGUAGUUAUGGACGCGCUGUUGGAGCAGUUGGGAAGGGAAGGGGCGAGGAGGUUGUUGCCUGUGACGAAGGGGGUGCUGCCGGUGAGGCAUAGUGGGACGAACGCCGACAAGAAGGACGUCGAGAAGCUGAAGAAUGGACUAGAGAAUGGGAGUGUGUAA